UCGUUCCCCAAAAUAGCCCUACGCUUUUUCCUUUAAAUGGACGAAACGCCGAGGGAAUUUGGGGAGUAUAGCAGGGGUAUUUUAAUAAUCCGACACGUGAGAGAACAGGAAAACACUAUCGCUGAGAGGAAGAAUCAAGAUUGAAUCAGGAUUUUGGGUGGUUCAUACUUCGUAUUAGUCUUCUUUUGCCUCCUUUUAAUUAUUAUUUUUAUUAUUAUAUAUCAAUUCCCACAUAGGAAAUCGGCCACUUUGUCUUCGUCUUCGAUCUCCUCAAAGCGGCAACGUUCCGUUUCUAGGGUUUCUCCUUCCGGCGAUCGUUCUGGUAUUGGGUCUUGUGGUGGUGCAUUCACCUUCGGAUUGAUCAAAUCCCUCCCCACCAAAGGGUACAUCUGUAUUCAUAUUGCUGUUCACAGACUAAACAUCAAAUGGGACAGUGCUUUAUGAAGCAUCACAAUGAUGAUGAUGAUUCCGAUCACAAUGCUGCAUUUGCUAGUGGAAAUGUACACCUUAUCACUACCAAAGAAAAUUGGGAGGAGAAGUUGGCAGAAGCAAGCAAAGAUGGAAAGAUUGUGGUUGCAAAUUUUAGUGCAACAUGGUGUGGUCCUUGUAAAAUGAUUGCACCAUUCUACUGCGAACUAUCUGAGGCACACCCUUCUCUGAUGUUUCUAACUGUUGAUGUUGAUGAACUAAGUGAAUUCAGUUCUUCAUGGGAUAUCAAAGCCACUCCAACCUUUUUCUUCCUCAGAGAUGGGCAACAGGUAGACAAGCUUGUGGGGGCGAACAAACCUGAGCUACAGAAGAAGAUAACUGCUAUUUUAGAUUCCAUGACCCAGUGUAAUAAAUGACUGCUAAGAUGAUCCAUGUUGGUUGAGAGGGCACUAAAAAGUCUUUCGUUGUGAGUAUUCCAGAUGCUGUAUUUAGAGCUUUUGAGUGUAUAUUUUGCGUUGGCAUGUAAAAAUUUGACUGAGGACAUGAGUGUUCUGUUUUGAAAAUCUUAAGAUCUAAAGCCUGGGAAAUGACAGCAACUCUCUUGUUUGGAAAAAAAAAAAAUUGUAGAUUCAGAAAUGUUAGGCAUUCUUUCUAUCA